UCAAUUCACACACACAUGUUCACAUAUUUUUUCAACCAUAGCUCAUUUUCUGUAAAGACAUCUCCAAUUGAAGUGUAAUUAAAGUUAAGAAAAAAGGUGCCUUUCAUUAUGUUGCAGCCACCCUAGUGUGUGAAACCAAAACGUUGAAUGGGGGCACAUGUGCAAUGUUAUACAACAUUAUUUUGAUGCAGGCCUACAGCUCUGGAAAUAAUUGAGAGACCACUGCACCUUUUUCUUUCAUUUUCAACAGACCUCGGCCUCUUAAAUUGUACCCUUCCGUUUCUCACUCAAAAUUGUCCUUCUCAACUUUUUUGAAAUUUAAGGAAAAGGUGCGGUGGGUUCGUAAUUUUUUCCAGAGCUGUAGCCUAUAGAUAAAUUGAAAAACAUUUCCCAAAUUCCACACCAGCGGCGUCCAAAUUGGGGAUUGGCAUACAUACAUUUUUAUGGUUGCAUUGUUUUAAAUCCCAAAUAAUGGGUCAUCAAACCUGCGAUCACUGGAAUAGUAACAAAACACAAACACUAUAAGCUUAUGAUACCUAUGGCAGUGUGCGCAACAUUCCCGACAUGUGCUCACUUGCAUCGCAUGUGGAUUGUGGAGGGACCCCAUAUCAAAUUAAGAAAAGAGUGAAAGCGUUGAACAGUAACAGUUGCUUUAUCCUGUAACACAUUUUACCUGUCAACUGUUGGGCAGGAUUGCCCUCGAGGUAUAGACAUAACAAGCUGGGAGCUGUCCCCAUAACCAUUCCUUGAUUCUUUAAAGGUUUUCGAGUUGUUUGUUUGCUUAGAGCCUACUUUACGAGUUUACCCUUGGAUUAGUUACACACCUUCACUUAAUUCGUCUUUUGAGAGACUGAUUGCCAAGUUAUUGUGAAAACAGAUAGAAAGGGAAGGAGGCGGUCCCAGGGCGAAACUCAGGUGAAAGGCUUGAGUUUCACGCUCUUCGGAAGUAUUAUAAUUGAACCUGGAAGUUCAUCGAUCAGUCAACGAGAUUGGCAGAGCACAAAAGUGAUACUAAGCUUUGGUUGGCCAUGCGCAUCUGUUUGAGUAGGUUAGAAGACGUGUGCACGGGUGGUGCUCAAGUGUAUUUUUCGAACAUUUUUUAACACUUUUUCGGACACUUUCACCGUGCUUUAUUUCUAGAAUUCAAGACAUUGCUCAUUUCAGGCAUUGCAAAGGGCUGAUGAUGAACAUGGAGGAUUUAAAAGCCCCCGUCAGAUUUUUUCACAAAUCUUCAUUCAGCAUCAGUAGCCUGCUAUUCCAACGUGAGGGGGUGAUGAGCGAGGUCGGCGCCGCACUGGAAGAGAACCUCUCCCGGAACAAUAAGCCCCUGUCCCGAAAGCAGUGUUUUGGAGAGCCAUCUAAAAAUAAAGAUACCGGCGGUCAAGAUGAAAAAUGUAGCUUCCAUGAGGACAAACGCAGUGACACCAAAGUAAAACAUUUGUCAAGAAAAAACGGAGAGCAAGUUGCGGGAGAAAGGAAGAUAAAUGGAGGGGUAGAAGGGAAAUCUACACCCGAGAAACCUCCGUUUAGCUAUAACGCACUUAUCAUGAUGGCCAUCCGCCAAAGCCCGGAGAGAAGGCUUACACUCAACGGAAUUUAUGAGUUCAUUAUGGGGAACUUUCCUUACUAUCAAGACAACAGACAAGGCUGGCAAAAUUCAAUCCGACACAACCUGAGCCUAAAUAAGUGUUUCGUGAAAGUACCACGCCACUAUGAUGACCCAGGCAAAGGCAACUACUGGAUGCUUGACCCCUCAAGUGACGAUGUGUUCAUUGGUGGCACUACUGGCAAACUCCGGCGGCGUGCAGCAGUGAGCUCCAGAACGAAGCUUGCUAUUAAAAGAGGUGCCCGUUUAACAUCCACCUCCGCAGCCGGUCUUACAUUUGCAGGGUCAUUUUACUGGCCUGUGCCAUCUUUUUUAGCUCUACAACCACCCGCUCACCCACACCCGGGCGGAGGGCCAUACGUAGGGCAUCAUCAUUCCAAUUAUGCCACUUCGGUUCUCUCACAACGGUCACAUCACAUGACUUCCAGUUCUGGAGCCGACCGUCUGUUCCAAACAAACCAGGAGACGUCUUAUUUUGGAGUGAGUUGUGCACAAUCCCAUCGCCACCAGAUGAGCGCAGCGGCAGCUACAACGUUUACAUCCUCGUCGCUACCUUGCGCUUUGUCUCUCCCUAAUCCUUGCUCCCUCAACAUGCUCUCUGGACAAGCCAGUUACUUUUACGCGCACCAGGUGCCUCGUUCAGCGACCUUCGGUAUGUGCCAAGAAGAUCCCUCCGUCUCCAAGACAUCUCAAGUUGGACACUUGUCAUCAAAGAAUCCACCGUCGGAAUAUUUAGGAAGUCUUUAUGCAGAGUUCCCUAAUUAUUUUCCUUCAAGUAGCCCCACGAGCUCCAUUUCGUGGGAUGCAGGGAAAUGAUUAAUUUAACUUGAAAACAUAGAUAAAGAGUAUGCGUAAUUGUCUGUUUUAGUCCAUUGCUUGUACAUUUGUCAUGGCCUAUCUUAUCAAUUUGUCAUAGACAAUAAAAUCAACUUGAACUGCAUAGAUAAUAGUUUAGAAUUGUGACUUUAAUGCUUGGGCAUAAAACGAAUCAAAAAGAAAAUAUUUGUACAUUGCAGCUUGCAGUGAAAGAAUAGCUUUUAAUGUAGGCUGUGCUAUUGAAAUUACCCACUAUAUUUAUUUUGCGCAUACCGAAAUGUAGCCUAGCUAUAUUUUGGUUUAAAACGCAUAGCCUACUGUGCCGUGUUAGUGUAAAAAAAAUCAUUCGAGUUAUGAUUUUAAGGAUUUACAAAAGCGAAUUCCGCAGGACCGACGCCAAAUGUGACAACCCUUAAAUCAAUUCUCGUUUUAAACUAAACUAAAAAAAAAAGAAAACAAAUAUGACAUAAAUAGGUCCGAACUUGGUGUUCGAUAUUUUAAUAAUUGUAUGCUUUGUCUUAUAGCCUAUAUCUUUGCACAAACUGCAUGCACUUUCUUUGAGACCUGUCUUUACAUAUCCCAUGUUUUCUUUAUCUUCCCUCAAAGUAUUGUGGCUUUGUGUGUUGUGCGUAAUUGUGUCGUUUCGCUGUUUUAUUAACUCAUUAAAAGUUCUUUAUUAACAAAUCCCUCAGUGGUCUGAAACACAAAUUAAUGUCUGAUUACGGUUUUCAAUAGCACGUAAAUGUUGCACCGAUAAACUGUUUAAAAUGUUUAUAAAACUGGAACACAUAGGCGCUUACCCAUAUUUGAUUACAAGUGGGAUGACGUCUAAUCUCUCAAUACAAUAGUAGUUGAGUUUUUGAAACUGACUUCUUAGCCCAUUUGCUAUUGUGGAGCAGUUUUUAAUUCAAUGAUUAGACUUUUUUGCAUUAUGGUUUAUUAGAAUUUAGCUUUAGGCCUUUAUUCGCUUACCAUAGAGCUCUUAUGGUCUGCAUUACAAUUAGCCAAACUUUGUGGUUAUACCACAGUAAAGGCCUAUUUCAGCUACCAAUUAAGAGGAUACCCAGCUAACAUAGUUACGUUGCCCUUACGUUGCCGCAACGUCAAUCGUUGACCAAACAUACGUUGCCGCAACGUCUUU